AAUCUUCUUAAUGUUUUUGGCGACACCAGCACCAGAGCCUACGUCAGGGGCAUCAGAGUGGCUCACCGACCCUCACUUGUCUCCCUAGCCGCCUCCACGUAGCACCCUCUUGUCAGUGCCAGCUGUCAAACCAAAAUACUAGCAAUGGGGGCUCUCCUCAGCUACUUUCGGGGUCUCAUUGGCUCCCGAGAGAUGCGUAUAUUGAUUCUCGGGUUGGAUGGUGCAGGUAAAACGACAAUCCUGUACCGGUUACAAGUAGGCGAGGUAGUGACGACCAUUCCCACCAUAGGUUUCAAUGUAGAACAAGUCACUUAUAAAAAUCUCAGGUUCCAAGUGUGGGAUUUGGGUGGCCAAACCAGUAUCAGGCCAUAUUGGAGAUGCUACUAUUCUAACACAGAUGCCAUCAUAUAUGUGGUGGACUCAGCUGACAGAGACAGAAUAGGCAUUUCUAAACAGGAACUUGUUUCUAUGUUAGAGGAAGAUGAACUGAAGUCUGCUAUAUUAGCAGUACUGGCUAAUAAACAAGAUAUGGAGGGUGCCAUGACAGUUGCUGAAGUACACUCGGCUUUGGGAUUGGAUGCCUUGAAGACUCGAACUUUUCAGAUAUUCAAGACCUCUGCUAUUAAAGGUGAAGGCUUAGACCAAGCAAUGGACUGGUUAGCUAAUGCUCUUGCUACCAGAAAAUGAGAGAUACUCGAAAUAUACAUAGUGAUAGUGUAGUGUAUGUAUGAGGUUGUCAUCUGCCUUCGCUUGCCAGGUACUUGGUCCCGAUCCAAGAUGUGAUGAUACUUCAGUCCGUCACUUGAUGUUUAUCAUUUUAAAGGAUAAACAUUGCGAUUUUAUUUCAGAGUUGCAAGGGAGAUAAUGGUGUCUGGCAAGCGAAAGCAACUUGUAAUUUUUCAAUUUUUAUGUGUGCAAAUGAAUAUGUCCAGAUUUGAUUACGUGUGUGUGUGUGUGUGUGUGCGAUUUUAUAUCUUGAAUAAACAUUUUAUUUCUUUUUAUCAAGAGGGUGUAUUAAGUACUGUACUAUAUUGAGAUGAGACUUUAGAUAUUCAGUAGAAUAUCUUGUAUUAAAUUGCUAAUCUAUUGAAGGUUAUAUAAAAUCGCUCAAACUUUGAAAUUGUUGUGAAUGAUGAAGUGGGUUUGAAAACAAUGGAAAUGUUUUGUAUCUUCAAACAUUCAUAUCUUUGAACAUGUGAGAAGUUUGUUUUACCAUUAAACAUAAUUAAAAAAGUUUCAUGUAACUUUCUUGAAUAAAAAUACAAUAAUUAUCCUCACUGUAAAUGCAUAAACAGCUACUUUGGUAUUAGUUUCGGUUGUCAGCCUUGGUCACUCGUGUGCAUUAAAGUAUUCUAAUGGCUAGGCAGUGGGAGAGUUGUAUUUUGUCUGCUGAAAUGAUGUAGCAGCAGAGAGAACUUGUGAAUGGAGCCUAUACUUGAAAACAAAAGUGAGUUGAACUGAUAAUUGCUAUACAAAAAUCAUUUCCAAUUUUUUUUAUAAGUAAGGAUUUUGGAUAGAAAUAGUUUACUUGCCUCCACUGACCUUCAGUUCGUAUUGUUUAAUUUAUUUUUAUAGCAUACUGCAUGACUCCACCCGGAAUAAUGGUAAAUGACCCACACAUAUAUUUAAGUACAGUACCAGACACUUGAUGCAUGAAGUUAUCACUGGUUUACUGUGUACAGUGAUAUCACUUUGGUGAGAUGAAGACAGUUGUAAAAUCUUUGUGCAGCUUUGUAAAUGCACUUAAAUGUGCCAGGAGAAAAUGGAUUUGUAGAUUAUACAAUACAGCCUUCAUCUUAUAGUUGUGGAUAAUUGUAAGAUAUUAUUUGUAUAGUUAUGCACAGUGAUCUGCAAAUAUCUUUUUUCUUUGUGCAAUGCAACAUCAUUUAUACAAGAGUCCGCUUACUUUCCGAGCCAGUCUGGACCAAACUUGGCUGAACAACCAAGUUUGGCCGAAUAACUGGGUGUACCCUCCUGCCCAUGAAAAAUAUUAAUUUUAUUUCAAAAUUCAUCACAGUUCUGUAUAGAUUUGGCAAAUACAUGAUAUCCAAGGGGUAGAAAUAAUUUCCAUAAGGGCCUUGUGAAGGGUCAAGUUUUCUCCACAUAUGGUCUUGGAAUGAUGUCUAGGAUAGGUAAGGUUUCAACCUGUACAAUCUCCUCCAAUUUGGACAGAUACACCUCUGUACCUUCUACAUUUCCUCAUUGAUAUGGACUUGGUGCCUUCUUUUUAUAAUUACUUACUCACAGAUAGCUGGGUCUUCUGAAUGAGCCAUUGUUAUUGGUAUGUUACAUCUGGUUGUCUGUACCACUGACAAAAUGCAUCAACAUAUAAUUUUAUCCUGGCCAACUGCUUUCUCUUGUGCAGCAUAUCACUCGCUUUGAUCAUAAGCAAAGAUAUUAUCUUUAGCUUUUUUAGUUUUGUGAAUGAAUUGCUUUGCAAAUUAUUUUCUCAAUCUUCCUUUGGACACCAGAUUUGCCUUCUCUUAUGAACUCUCUGUUCACAAAAUUUUAAUGUUUCCUCUUGAGUUUGCUACUAGUUGAAGUCUAGGAUAACAGAUUACCUGCAUUUUUGUAAGCCAUGGUGGCAGGAUGGUUUUUUGUUUGAGAAUUAUAACUGUGUUGGAGGGAAGAUCUUCAUUGGCACACUACGAAACCAAUAGACUGGUGGCAUGCUUGGCUUAGUAUCUCUACAAUUGACCAGCUGGAAAACAGAUGAAGCCUCUUGAAGGCUAGCACUCAUUUGGGAGGAGAAAAUAUUGACUGAAAAUAUUGUAAUAGGACACUUCAAAAGGUGGGAAUUCGGAAAGCACAAUGGCCUUUGUAUACAUUGCUAUAGUGCAUUGGCAUUCAAGAACUUUGAAUGUUAUAAUUUUUCUUGUGGGCAAGAACAUUUUCAAAUUCAACAAAAAAAUAUGAAAAAAACGUUUAAUCCAAAGAUAAAUAUGCUGCAGAUAAAUCUGUUGUACCUGGCAACACAAAUGUCAGAUCAUUGUAUAUAAAACAUUUGUAAUACUUGCACUAUAGAUUUUUGUUUGGACCAUGUAUUGUUUCCAAAGUUAUUAUUUUUUCUCCAAAUUUAAGCAAAAUAAAGAGAAUAUAUUUAAA